AACACGCACUAACGCAUUGCUCCGUGUUACCCUUGUGUUUGUUUUAUCGUUAAUUGGUGUAGUUUACACGUGUAUCGUAAACAGUGCACUAUUGGUGUAAUUGCUAUAAUAACAAGCUUGUAUGUAACUAAAAUCGGUCUAAUAAUCACUAACGGUGUGUUAGUGAGUGCAUCAAAACACGUGGCCCGGUCUAUUUUGGAUCACGGACGCUUACAGUGCGCCACUCAUUCCGAAGUAAAACAUGCGUGAACUCGGCCGUGGCGGGUCAGUCGUAGCGGCCACCAUAGCCGCGCUACAUAGUCGCUCCAGCGACGCGAAGCCUACUCUGGUCAAUCAACGGUUGCCCACUGUUGACGAGAGUAACGUUUUGCGAACGGACAGGAAUAAUCACGAGGAUAAAUCGAGACGAGACUCAGCAGUCAGUGAGCGCCCUUUAUCGACGGCUUCAGAGGCGUCGGAACGUGAUUCAACCUCCAUUCAGUCCAGCGAGGAACCACCCCUGCACGAGAGCGGUGACAGCGACAGCCCCGAUGAAACAACAGUGAAGUGUUCCGAAUGGACAGAGCGCAGCAAUGUACAGGUACAACAGGCUAUUUCGUCUGAUUCGGAUACCAGUACAAGUGACGACGAUUCCGAAGGUCAAGAUUAUGAUAUACGAAAUGCGGAUUAUCGUACUCUAACUCCGAAUAAACGAGCCGAUAGCGCGACAAGAUGUGAUGCUGAUUUUAAAUGGAUGCCAAGCGGUGAAAUAAUGGAAGAUUCGGGGGAGAUGCAUUCAGUUGGUUCGCGGUGUGAUAACUAUAACUCUGCUAGUUUGGAAAGAAGGCGACGCACACCAAGCGAUCGCUUUGACCGUGAUCGCAAGACACGAUCCUCACUGACUGCAAAACCACCACAAUGUCCUUCGAACCAUAGAGUGUCACCAAGACCCCGACGCUCGCGUAAUGAGGAAAUACCUGAAUUGGAGCGACGAUGGAACUCUUACGAGCAUUUCCGUUGGCCUGAAGGUGGAUGGUGGCCACCAAUGUGCUGGUGCCAUGGUCCUCCACCACCGCCGCCGUGCUACAUGCACGAUCGUUCUUGGCCAUCGCAUCCGUCCCUUGCAGCAAUGUCUUCUAAAUCACUCAAGAAUGACGCAGAGGAUCGCGUGCGAAGGCUCGAGGUGGAUAAGGAGAAUCUCCAGUUGCAAGUCCAGGUGCUAUCGGAACAGAUCGCGGCGCAGAACGAGAAGAUGACAGACCUGGAGCGAUCGCUGCACGACGCUCGACAACGGCUUGACGACACCGAACAGAGGCUGCAAAAGGAAAUGGUUGAACGGUCGUCGCUAGAGACACAGAAGCUCGAGUUGCUAUCGAAGCUGAGCGAGGUGCGGCUGAGAGUGGCAGAACGCGGCUUGAUGGAGCGUGCGCCCCCAGUGCCUGACACCUCGCCCCUCACCAGACCAGCGCCACCCAGGACGCCGCCCGCCAACUACGGGCGCCAGAUCGAGCGAAACACCCACAUGUACUCGUCUCUCCCGCGCUCUUCGGUGCUGCCCACGAUGACAGAGGCGCGGGUCGCGUUCGGUAAACACAACAUGGUGGUGGCCAGGGGACGCGGACACUCCGUACCUAAUCUAGCGGAAAAGGAGGAGACGAUACCACGUGGCAGCCCGUCUCCGUCGCUGCGAGAAGUACGCGCGCGGGCCGGCGCGGGGGUGAGGCUCGAGGGGGACGACUUCACGAGGAGCUCACUCCGGAACUCCACGCCGCGGCAUCGCUCGCAGACCAUGGCCUGGCAGACAACAGAUGUGCGGCAGUGGGAUUGUGAAACGACUUGCGGUUGGCUGGAGAGUUUAGGUUUUGAAGUUUACGUGAGUCCGGCGCGCGCCUGGCUCAGUAACAGUGACAAGGGAGUGAUGGCGGCCGCCUCCUCCAACACCAUAGAAAAAGAAUUGGGCAUUAAACAUCCCAUGCACAAGAAGAAAAUCAUGCUGGCGCUUACUGAUCUCUUGGGCGGCCACGGGGACCCUUUGUUGACAGCAGCGGGUAGACUGGACACGGCGUGGACGUUGAGGUGGUUGGAAGAUGUGGGGGCGUGUGGGGCGCGGGCGGCGGCGGCUGAGGCUGCCCUGGACGCGAGGAUGCUGCACCGACUGACGCACCACGAGCUGCACGUGCAUCUGCGGGUCACGCACGCCUUGCACGCACUGUCCAUCAAGCGAGGUAUUCAAGUUCUCCGCGACAACAAGUUCAACCCUGAGACGAUGAUACGCCGUGCGGCCGAGGGCGAGGUGAUGCCCGUGGGAACUGAAGUCGAGAGCGAUGGCGGCUUCGGCAACCCUGGGGAGCUGGCACGGUGGUCGUCGCAUCGGGUGAUGCAGUGGCUUAAGGAGAUCGACCUCGCUGAAUACGCGCCCAACUUGAGAGGAGCCGGAGUGCAUGGCGGUCUGAUGCUGCUGGAGACUCGGUUCACGGGCGAGUUACUGGCUGCUCUGCUCAACAUCCCGGCCACCAAGAGCCUGCUGCGGAGACAUCUCACCCAGAGGUUCAACGACCUCCUGGGCCGUGACGUUAUCCAACAGAAGCGAACCGCGGAACAAACGCUGGGCUAUCAGCCACUUACAGCUACUACCAAAUAUAAGGUACCAAAGAAAAGUCAGUUCAGUUUGAAGAGGAAGAAGAGCAAAGAGGAGGCUGAGUUGGGCGACCUCUUGUGUCCGCUACACGACGACACCUCAGGUGAUCAUCUCGGUACCGCUUCGACAACGAUGAGAGUAAAAUCAGCGGCGGUUCCCGGCGGGUCGGCUGUCUGUCCCCCGCGUGACGUCACCCGCGGCCAUUAGCACGCCGCGCGAGCGUACAGAGGAAUACUUAACACGUACCGACAUGUUGUGACGUCAUUGUACACCAUAUUGUAUUAUCAUGUGUAAUAUAAUUGUAUAUUAUCUACUAUCAACCGAGUCCUGUAAGAUGUGAUUGUGUCGAACAUUGGGGUGUUCCCUAUCAAGACGCAAAUAUGCAAUCCGGGAACUUUACAUUUUUGAUGUAAUAUUUUUUUUUUAUUUAAUAUAUCAAUGAUACUAUGUUUUGCUGAACUAGGCGUAGUUGAACCAAUUGAACGGUUUUGCUGCAGUUGUAACAUAUCCUACGGGUAACGAUAAAUUGUAAUAUAAUUCACAGAGACGCAGCGAUGAUUUUAAACUGUUUAACGCGUUGCCUGAUAGUGAUAUAUAAGUAAAAAAUAUAUAUAAUCGUUCGAGUUAUUAGUAUUUAGGUGAGACAAUAAAAACGGUUAUAUUAAUAUGCCAGACGACCUCUAUAUGUAAGGUCACAUAUACAAUAUUCAUAAUAUCGAAAACGAAGUAAACAAACUAAAACUUCAAAAUUGACAGGUGACUUCAUAAGAUGGCGCGUUAUCACGCCGACUUGUUUUAUUCCAUAACACUUAAUGCCUGAAUUUGUUCAAAUAACUUGUAUGAUAUUUGCAUUUAUACUUCAAAAUGACAUUUUAAAUGUUAUAAAAAUAAUCGUAUGAGGCUGCAUUUAGUGGUCGACCGACCGUCAGCGCUGACGUCGGUCGAGCUUAGCAACAACUAUGAACACAAUAUAUGAGAGUGUUCAGUCCAGCGCUGAUGAAUUACUACGUAGGUCGUACGUAGGUCCGCUGACGCGCUAUGGCGAUAAAUAUGUGCGUUCAGUGCUACACUGACCGAGCGACCGACCGUACGCGCGUGUGUAAAAUCAUCAUCAAAAAUCGUAAAGAAAAAUUAAUGUUCUAAGAAUUUCGAAUAUAUUGUACAAAUUUCUCCUUCAAUUAGGCGCUCUAUAAUAAUUGAGUCAACGGUAAUCGUUUGCGUUAGUAGUACGCACAUAUUAAAGAGAUUAAAAAUGGAUUAAUUUUUGUUUCGCAACUGUACACUCGCAAUGAAGGUUGCUGUCAGCUGAGCACAAAACGCAACAUUGCAUCGCGUACGGUACGCACUACGCUCGACCGACGUGAGCGUUGUCCGUCGGUCGAACGCUAAAUGCAGCUUAGACUCGUAAGAAAUGUGCCAACAAACAAUAUUACCAGAGUAAACAGUACAAUAAUAUGUAUUUUUGUAUUAUAGUUAAUAACACAAAUAUUUAAGCAUUCGCUAUUAACUUAAAUCAAAUGAUUUAAAGUUGGAUCGAUACGAUCUAUGGUUGCUACGUACAGUGCUGCUAAUGUAAUUUUGGACCAAUCCUAUCAGCCGUUUUUGAAUAGUAGCGGCUGCUUUUGUAAAUAUUUUAAACUAUUUUGUCAGUUUUCUUUGAUCUUUGGUCAUAAAAAUAUAUGUACGGGUUUGUAUUGUAAAUUUUAGAAAACUUUUUCUAUUGUGAAUUAUUUAUGUUAGAGCUGCCUUAUUUGAAAAUAAUACCAAAUAUCAUGUUGAAGAUUACAUGAUUAAUGAAAUCUAUUUUUCAAACAACUUUUUAUCGGUAGCAUCCAUUGACGUUCUAUACAUAUAGACAACGUUGUAUAAACUUAGCCGAAAUAUGGAACAAGCCACAAAUUACACCAUAAUAAUCUUUGACUUAUAUAUCUAUACAUUGCCGCAUUUGCUCCAGUUGUUUGAAAUAUUCUUCGUCAAUAAGCAGCAAUGUAAAACAUUUAUUCAUUUCAUGUUUUAUUCUGACAGUGACAGUUGACACAUGACUAAUGAGAAAAUUGUGCUUACGUUAUAUCUUUGAGCACACUUGCCGUUCCUCUAUCAGACUGCGUAUGAUAUUAUGUUCACGUUUAGAACAUCAUUGGUAGAAUAAUAAAGGCUCUACUUAUCCAAACUCCUCAAAGAUGAUGAGUCAUCUCACGCACGCUCGGAGAACACCUGCAUAAGGUGUCUGCGCUGGACAUAAAUAUGCUGAAUUCCUCACGUGUGGGAGUAUGGGUGCUUACCUUUGGUGUCUUCUUUUUCUUGAGAUGUUGGAGCGGCAGUGUUAAAGAGAAAUAGUUUUACAAGCAUUGUGAUCAAAGUAAAAAUAACAAACUGUCUAUGACGAAGCUUAAACUCACAAAACCAAAAAUAUUGAAGAAAAACUCAUACAACAAUUUGAUGUGAAAGAAAGGCGUACAAACUGAUGCUGGCGAUGAUAAAGUUGUUAUUUAUAGUUUGUUAGUUUUAUUGACAUUUUUUUAUAAGAAAUAUCAGUUCAGCUAUAUAAUUUUUUAAUUAAUUGUCACUUUCGUUAUAGUAAAAUAAAAGUGCCUCAAAAAUAAUAAACCACGAGAAACAAUAACAAAAUGCACUUAAAAUGAAAUUCAAGCCUAAUUCAUAAAAAAUUUAAUGUUUAUGAGGUUUUUUUUUUAUUUAUCAACAGCGCAGAAAAAUAAACUAAUAAUAAUCGUAUAAUACUGAAUGUUAUCAUGUAAAAUUCUGGCUCUUGUUUGACAUUGUUAAAUAUAAUUAAAAAAAAAAAGAUGAAUUAUUUCAAUUUAAAUUAUUACACUAGACGUUGCACUUUGUCGUUUUAGCCUUAUGCACGUCUAUUAGUAACUUUCACUAUGCCCAAUUUGUACACCGAGCCCGAUAAUUUCAUAAACCAUGUGUUAAUGUUCAAUACAUUUAAUUUUUUACUCGUGUUAUAUAGAAGUCGAGAUUAUAACUAAGACUUUAUGCUUGGGAGUUUUUUUGAAGCUCUUUUAAGUAAUCAGAUGCCGACUCCAUGAAAAAGUAUGCUUUUAAAAUAAUUUAUAACGUUUAUAAUAUGGUAUAAAAAAGUUCUACAUACUUCAUAAUCACAAAAUAUAAAACGUUAACGUUACUGUUCUCGCAAACGAGAAUAAUCGCAGUGUAUUAAGCUCAUGAACUAUUUAGCUUAGUUCAGUAUCAUAAUAUGAAAUGACUGAGUGAUGAACGACAAUACAUUUUGUAUUCGCAGCUACUUUUGUAAUGAUAGUUACUUUACUUAGAGGCCUUCGCUCCUGGCAUGCGCGGAUAAAAUAUUACUCAACAUAUUUGAGACUACAAUUUAAAUUAUCGACAUUAAUGCGGCACAUCACUAACAUGAGUGCGAGGGAGCGCGCAAUAUCGGCAAUACUGCUCCCUCAUUGUUGAACUGCGCGUGGCAUGAGCUUUAGCGAUAACUAUAAUUAUUAACUUAUCACCUUGUUAUAAUUAGAGUGUUGGUAACCUAAAUGUUAAAGUUUUUGAAAAGUUUUAAAUUAUAUACUUAAGUAGGUUAAGACUAUUUAUUAAUUUAAGAUUAACUUAUUGACGUGUAUUUCAAUUUUGAUCGCACAACACUACGAUGCAUUUUCGAGGGUUCUGUACAAGUAGAUUUGUUUAAUAUUGUUCGACUAGUAGAUUAUAUAAGUAAAUCACCUCAGUAGCCUUAUAUAACGUGUUUAUCAAAUGUUAAUAUAACCUUUCACUUUCCUACCCGAGUAACUGAUGACUAUGAUAAUCAUUGUUUAUAAUAAUUAUAUCAUACAGUGAGGAAUGGCCCAAAGGAAUGAUGUUUGAGGAACGGCCCCGCCGCUAUACCUUCUAGGUUUCGUAUUUUGCUGAUUUGUUUUUAUCUUUGACACAAAAAUGAAAGUUUUGGAUUGGAUUUGUUUUAAAGAGCUAAUAAAAAUAUAUUUUUGUCUUUUUAAUCAAACGUAAUCCAUACUACAUAAAGGCUAAGCAAUACAAGAGCUUUAGAUGGCGCGUGAGUUGAAUGCAGUCGGGGCCAGAGGUAAAAAAAUGGGAGCAUCUCUCCCCUCGCCUCCCGCGCCUGCAUAGUAGUGUUAUGCCGUCCUUGACAGUAACCGUACGCUUACCGUGCUAUCACAAAAGUUACGAUUCCGUAUUGAUUCUAAUAUUGAAUGAUCCGAGACCAGUUUGAGGUUCCAUUCCAAAAAAGAGUUUUUGAGGUUAGGUUAUGAAAAAUAUAGGCGUGUUAUGAAAAAAUGGUUAGAGUGAAAUUUUAAGAUGCGCGCGCAUCACUUUAACACAAAAGAAACAGGUUGAAGUAGGUUCCCAAAAUUCUCUGACGUUUGCGUCAUUCGUUAUUUUUUUUGGUUUCUUCGUCCAUUAUUAGGACAGGCAAAGGGUUCAAGCCCAUACCGCCAUAUUCAUUAUUUAAUAAUUAAAUGUCAAAGCAAUCUUCGCAAGAUUUUUACAAAAUUUUUCUUUCUUAAAAGGUAGAAUAGCACGAGGAAAAAAUCAUUUUAAUAAUUUUUUGCUUCGUUUGGCCAAAGAAGUAUAACUUCCUGCGUGCAUACAUAAGUGCACACACACACUUUUUAUUCAUCGCUAACCGCAAGAAAUGACGAUAAAUGUUUUAGUCAUGUGUAUUGAAGAAAGGCAGACCAAAAAUUUGAGAUUUAAUUAUUAGAUUAAAAUGCUAAACUCAAA